AAAUCCCACAUCGAUAAAAUUAAACAUCUUCUUCUUCAUUGAGCCGCCGUAUAAAAUGCUGAAGCACAAUCUCAUUCAUUCCUCUUCCUCCGCUCACCAAACCCUAAUUCUCUCCCAAAAGCCCGCCCUCGCCGUCGGAGGCAAUGCCGCCGCUUGUUCUCCGUUUCCGAUUCCUCACCGGAGAAAUCCGCUCUCCUUAAGAAAGCCGAGGAACUUCCCCGUGCUUCGGCGGCGCCGCUCCUCCUCCUCCUCCACGGCGGUAAAAGCUAUCGUGAGCUCUGAGAAAACGACAGAGGUGAAAGCGCAGUUAAUCGUGCUUCCGACCGUCGGAGGCGCGCUGAGUCACCUCGGCUUGAGCAGAGGCCUCGACGACAUCACCGACCUGCUCGGGCGGACGCUCCACGUCCAGCUCGUCGCCGCCGAUCUGGAUCCGAAAACCGGAAAGGAAAAAGAAACGAUCAAAGGGUACGCCCGCAAAAAAGAUGAGGAUGAUGGCAAAGUAUACUACGAGGUCGAUUUCAAGGUGCCCUCACACUUUGGCGAGAUCGGGGCGAUCAUGGUGGAGAACGAACACCAUAGGGAGAUGUUCUUAAGGAACGUAUUUCUUGAAGGAUCGUACGUGGGAGGCAAAAUCGAUAUUAGCUGCGAGUCGUGGAUUCAUCCAAAAUCCGAAAAUCCUGAAGAUAGAGUCUUCUUUUGCAACAAGUCAUACGUUCCAUCCCAAACGCCGGAGGGACUCCGGCGGUUCAGAGAGAGGGAGCUCGAGAUUCUCCGAGGCGACGGCACCGGGGAGCGCCAGACGAGCGACCGGAUUUACGAUUACGAUGUAUACAACGAUCUCGGCAAUCCUGACGAUCCUGACAACGGUGAGAAAUUGGCGCGCCCCGUUCUCGGCGGUCCCGAGCGCCCCUACCCUCGCCGGUGCAGGACUGGCCGUCCGAUGACUAAGGCAGAUCCAUUGUCGGAAUCGCGAGCCAACGAUGUGUACGUUCCGAGAGAUGAGGCGUUCUCGGAGGUAAAGCAGGUUACCUUCUCGGCGAAGACGGUGUACUCUGUGCUCCAUGGAUUGUUCCCUUCGCUGAAGUCAUCGGUCGUGGAUACAGACCAAGGAUUUCCGCAUUUCACGGCUAUCGAUUCUCUGUUCAACGAAGGAGUUCUGCUUCCGGAUAUUCCGACGACUGGAUUUUUGGGGAAUAUCAUACCUAGAGUGGUGAGAGCAGUCUCCGACUUGCGGAAUAACGUCCUGCAGUUCGAAACUCCUGAACUGAUCGACAGAGAUAAGUUUUCGUGGCUUAGGGAUUCUGAAUUUGGAAGACAAACUCUAGCAGGUCUCAAUCCAUGCUGUAUUAAACUGGUUACGGAAUGGCCGUUGAAGAGCGCGCUUGACCCGGAGAUAUACGGGCCUCCGGAAUCAGCAAUCACGACGGAGAUUAUAUACGAAGAAAUCGGAGGCGUAAUGUCAGUCGAGGAGGCGGUGAAGCAGAAGAAGCUCUUCAUGCUGGAUUAUCACGACGCAUUUUUACCAUUCGUGAGCAAGGUUCGAGAGCAAGAAGGGACAACAUUUUAUGGAUCCCGAACGCUGUUUUUCUUGACUCCCAAAGGCACAUUAAGGCCUCUCGCCAUCGAGCUUGUUCGACCACCGAUGGACGGGAAGCCCCAGUGGAAGCAAGUAUACGCCGAAAGCUGGGAUGCCACCGGAGUUUGGCUAUGGAGGCUCGCGAAAGCCCACGUCCUCGCGCACGACACCGGUUAUCAUCAAUUAGUCAGCCACUGGCUGCGGACGCAUUGUUGCACGGAGCCUUACAUCAUCGCGACGAAUCGGCAGCUGAGCGCAAUGCACCCGAUUUACCGAAUCUUGCAUCCUCACUUCCGGUACACGAUGGAAAUCAACGGAUUAGCUCGAAGCGCCCUUAUCAACGGAGGCGGGAUCAUCGAGACUACGUUCUCCCCGCUCAAGUACGCGAUCGAGCUGAGUUCUGUCGUUUACGACAAACUCUGGCGAUUCGACGAGCAGGCGCUCCCGGCAGAUUUGAUCAGCAGGGGACUGGCUGUCGAGGAUCCGAACGAGCCGCAUGGCCUGAAGAUGACGAUCCCCGACUACCCUUACGCCAAUGACGGGUUACUCAUCUGGGACGCGAUCAAACAAUGGGUCUCGGACUACGUCGAGUACUACUAUGAGGAUGACAGCAUCGUGAAAUCGGAUACCGAGCUCCAAGCGUGGUGGGACGAAAUCCGAACUGUCGGCCACGCCGAUAAGAAGGACGAGAAAUGGUGGCCGGAGCUGAACUCGCCGGAAGACUUGAUCGGAAUCUUGACGAUUAUCAUAUGGAUAACUUCUGGCCACCACGCUGCAGUGAAUUUCGGCCAGUUCGACUUCGCCGGAUACUUCCCGAACCGGCCUACCAUCGCUCGGAAGCCGAUGCCAACCGAGGACCCCAAGGAGCAAGAGCGCGAAAGUUUCAUGGAACGGCCAGAGGAAUUCCUGCUCGAGUGUUUCCCGUCGCAGCUUCAGGCGACGCUGGUUAUGGCCGUUUUAGAUAUUCUGUCGACGCACUCACCCGACGAGGAGUAUAUCGGAGAGCAGAUCGAGCCGUACUUUGCGCACGAUAAGAUCAUCAACGCUGCGUUUGAGAGAUUCAGCGGCAGGCUGAAGGAGAUCGAAGGAAUCAUCGAUGCUCGGAACGCAGACCCGAGUCUAUUGAACAGGACGGGGGCGGGAGUCGUCCCGUACCAGCUUCUGAAACCAUUUUCUGAGCCCGGCGUGACGGGGAAAGGCAUCCCUAACAGCAUUUCGAUUUAGCGAUCGGUGUCUCGAGCCUUUGUAUCCGACGAAUGCCUUCAAACAUCAUGAUUUUUGCGAAAGAAUAAAUGGCCUGUCGCGGCUUUUUUUCUGAUCA